AUCAAGUGGCUCUUGGGUCGCCAGGUGGCUUUGUGAGGGAUUCAUAUGAAACAUCAUAUGCUCUUCGGAGUGCAAGGAUUUCUUCCAGCGAUUUCGGAGAAAGUCUCACACAAAGACAAGAACGCGUUCCGAAAGGGAAAAUCUUAAUCGACAGUACUGGAAAGUGUCUCGUGACAGGUUCAGGUCUAUGGAUGUUUGGUUCAUAUGAGCUGAGUUCUUAGGUUUGCGAGAAGGUUUUCAUCAUGACACACCAGCUUUCAGAUCGAUCUGAAGGCUUUGAGCAUUUUCAUCAAGAUGUUUGAAGACAUUAAGAUAAUGCGUCCGGUGAUGAAACGGUCCUGGAACGAUGGCGGAGAUUAUGGCUACAAUUGGUUCUGGUGUUGAGUGAAGCAGCGUUUGCAAAUUCUCGAGGAUAUAAAGUGAGUCUACUCAAGCUCACUCCAUCGACUUGUUGAACGUCAAUUCUUGCUGCUUUUCUUUCAAAUACUGUUGAUAGUAGUUUCGAGGUCUUCUUGUUUCAUUUGCGUCUGAGCCAUAUCCAGAUUACUAGCACUCAAGAGGUAACGAAGUGAUGGCGAGGGCCCUUCAUUUAGCUCUGUUAGCAGCAAUCUUUAUUUUGACCACCAGCGCAUACGACUUGGAUCCUCGAGUGACAAAAACAGACACUUCAGAUUCGUCGGAUUGUAGUGAUACUCUGCAUUCUCUACUGUCGUGUCUGCCAGCAGUCGAAGGUGACGAUCCAGAGGCUCCUACAAAGGAGUGCUGCACUGCUGUAGUGCAUGUAAAUGCUGACUGUCUCUGCAGCGCCCUGGGUGAGGGAGAUACUGCUGGAUUUCCAGGAAUGAAUAUCGGUGCAGCUCUCUUGUUGCCAAGGAAAUGCGGCCGUGUCGUCCCCAAAGGCUUCAAAUGCGCUGGACACCUUGUCCCUUCUCCAUAGGCAACGGAAUGCCUACAAGUUUAUGUCUUUAUUCAAUUGGAGCUCGCUGGUACAGUCCAAAUACAUCUUCCAGAUUGGAAGAUCUUGCCAUAUCUAAUUUUGCAUUAUUCUAGACCUUACAAUUGAUCUUCAGCUUCGUGCAACAUUGAAUACAAUUGCAGCAGAGUGCAGAACAUCUGCAACCUAUGCUAUUCAGAAGGUGCCACUUUAAAUACAAUCACCACAGAUUGCAAAAUUGUUGCAACCUAUGAUAUUCAGAACUUGGAUAUAAAUAGUCUCAAUUUUCAGGGUUAUUCUUUUUACAGAAGUGUGCAGUAUCUUCAAAUGG